AAAUUAAAUUAAAAAUGGCGCCCUUUUAGAAGGCCAAAAAAAAAGAAUGUACUCAGAGUGCGUCUCCUUGGCCGACUCCAUCCUUUCACAGUCUUCCUCUGAAGAGAAUGUUCUCCGCUCAUUUCCUUCUGCCGUUGGGAGGGAAGUAGUAGGUCCUGUCAUUCGCUCAUUACAAGAGCUUGUACUGGGAAAAAGUAUUGGUGACACAGACCCCCUCUCUUUACCAGAGCAUGUCCAGUGGGUAAUGCAGACAGUUGGAUAUGGCCUAACCCUCCCACUGAGUGAGCUCUCUUUACUGCAAGGCUGUGUUGAUGUGUAUCAAGACUGGCUCUCCUCACUCUACUUUCAAAAGAACACAGUACCACUACCUAUUAGACAGGAUCCUAAUCACUACGCUCAAAUAAUAUUCUCACAGCUCUCCUCUCUCUUCGUCCCGCGAGAGGGAGAGCCCCGACUCCUUGAGGACCACGCCUUCCUCUGCAAGAAAGUCAUUGAUAUCGUACGCUCACUGAUGGUUGUUAAAGGGCUAAAUAUGAAUAGGGAUACGUGGGCGUCGGUCUUUGAGUUUCUGCUUCACAUCUGCGACUUGUUGCUGUCUCCUCCUUCUCAGAGCCCGAGUCUGGGAACGAGUUUAUGUGAGUCACUCAUUAGGGUCCUCUUCUCUGCCUGGCUAAGGGCUUGUAAGGAUACUUUCCCUGUUCCUAAUCUAUGGAAGACUCUUAGGGAGUUUUGCUGUCGGUGGCGCCACCAUCCCCAACUGAUCCAGCAGUGGUCAGAAGUAAUGUUCUCUCUCUCCGCCCACCUUGUCUCUUAUCUCUACGGGAGCAAACACCUCUCCUUUUUACGCCAACAGAAUUCGUCUUUAUUUGGCUCCGCCCAGUUCUCGGGCUCUGAUUUCAAUCCCUUGAUAAAGGACCUGGAUUACAGCAUAACAGUCCAGGCCUGGUUCAGACUGCUACACACUCUUGGUAACCUUGUCGACCUCUUACAUCCUGACGUCAUAACUGGGACUCCUUCUUUCCGACGUGCCCUGGGCGGGAGUAGCGUUGGGGCCUCUCCCCUUACCCCCUCCGUCCAGAGCUGUGUUGACAUGCUGCCUUUUAUCUUUGAAGAGGCGAUGAGUGCCCUGCUCAAACAAGUCACGAUAUUCAUUGGGCAGGAUUCGUCCCUUAACACCAAUGCUAAGGGUGGUAAAGGUGGAAAGCCUCUUGGUUUGAGUGCUGCUCUAAAGCCGGGGUCUGUCGGGUUUAGAUCUCCUAGCGUGAGACGUAAAGAGACUUCGACUGCUCUCUCGAAAUCGACCUUUUAUACCCCUAGCCCUGUCCAAACACCCCCUAGUAAAGGAGGAGAGAAAGAAGCAGAGAAAGGAGGAGGAGGAGGGGUGAGCGAACCAUUUUAUAUUAAUUUAUCUCCCGACCCUGCCUCUCCUCCAUUUUCCGCUCUUGAUCUUGCGGCUUCAGGUGGGAGUGGAACUUCAAGGGGGAGGACCACGGGGAGUCUCCCCAGGAAAGACGAAGGAAUGAUCGGGAAGCCAAGAGGAAAUUCUUUGUUACACAUAUUUGGCGUUUGGCUCUUUGAAGCAGCAGCUUGGACCGGAAAGGAUCGGAAUGGACUCUCUCUAAUCUCAAAGAGGCCAACAAGCAGUGUAGCUGAUAUCCAGGAAUUAAUGAAAUUACACCAAAGAAUUAAAGAUUAUGAGGCUGGUAGAGCUGAAGCCAUUAGUUGUUUGUGUCACAUUUUCUCUCAGCUCCCAUGUGGAGAGGAUGUACUACGCGUGUACCUCUCUCGUUUUUAUCACUGUCUCUCAGUCUGUCUCACUUAUGAUUCACAAGUAUGCACAGGUCAGGUCUUAACUAGGACUAUAUUAGGCUCCGUCUCUUUGCUGAGGAAAGAUUUGAUUGGAUUCAACAUACUAAUACCUCAGUACCUGAGCAGCAUAGAGAAUAUACUCCCAGUACAUGUCGAUGAAGUUAAAUUUAGGUGUGAUGUCCCUGUUAAUAAAUUGAGAAGGGCUUCAAUUCAGAUUCUACUAUCAAUGUUACCUCUCCCUCUCCACUAUAUACAUCUUAAGAUACCAGAUUUGGUGACAUUACUUGAUUCUGUAAGGACUGUCCAAUCUCUCUCUGAUUCCGGUGAUACCUUUUACUCGCUGAAGAACAGAGUAAUCAAGCUCAUGUUUGCUGCAAUGGAAACAGAAAAAGAUCCCGUGAACAUGCAAAUGCUGCUACACGGUUUCAACAUAUUGAUACAUGACAUAUUCAUAUACGAGUCUUCAGUUUCAAAGAUGAUGUCAGGAGGAGGAGGAGGAGGAGAAGAGAAAGAAGAUCAAGCUGAUUGUGUUGGUGGUACUGAGAAACCAUCGGAUGCUUUGUCUCUCAAUACAUUAUUCCAUCAGGCUUGUCUCUCGGCACAUUUUGCUCUACAGAACUGGAGUAAUGAUAACAUUGUCACUUUAGCUGCUCUUGAGUUGCUCUCUGAUCUAGCACGACUUCAAUUUGAUGCUUUAUCUCAUGUUGGUUGUCGUGAUGCCGUCCAGUGGGUCUGCGAGUUCAUUGAGUCUCAGUCCCAGCAGAAACCAUUCCUCCAGACAAAGAGUCUCCACACGUCCAUUGUUGCUGGUUUCAUCACACUCAUCAUAUGGAUAAUGGAGCACCCUCAUCUUCUAGCCCAUGAGUUUUGUUUGGCGUCAAUUUUGAGAGUGACGGAGUUUGGGAUUACUGGUACAUUUUCAAAGAGCGAGACUGGCGUCAUUUUAAAAGGUGACAAAGAGUUGAGACCAAUAUCUGGCAGAGUAGGAGAAAUGGCCGAGUUUCUCCUCUACUGUAUAAUGGAAAAAUUUGGCUCAUUUCCUUCUCCAUGUGGGCCGGCAGCUGGUGGCUCCCUCCUCACUGAAGAAGAACUCAUAAAACAGCUAAUAACAAACAAUACCAAAUCGCCACCAACAACAAUACCAAAGUUUCGUUAUUUCUUGAUUGAUAACUCAUUGAUAUUGGGAUUACUAGAAGGGUCAUUCAGUGAAGAGGAAGGCACUCUUCCUACUGUCACUGGAGUAAUUAGAGGUCCUUCAAGUAGACAAGUUUGGACUGUUCAGUUACGACAUCAUCCAAGAAGCCACAAUCCUUCAACUUUGCAUCUAAAAAGUCAGCCUCGUCCAACUCCUCUAGCCACUUCUCCUUCUUGUCCAAAUUUGGUUCGCCCUCCUUGGCCGGACGGAGGAAAGAUCAAUGGAUUGAAGUUAUCUGGUUCUAUUCCUAAUUUGGAUGAAAUUAUUGAUGAGUCUUCGAAACCACUACACAGAGAAUUCAGUCAAUUAACUAACAAUCAGAUUGGAGUUGAGUCUAACAUCCAGUCUCAAUUGAAACGGUUCCAAGAUCAAACUCCUUUCCCUAAUCCUGCCAGAGCUUUAGAGCCACCAGAAGUCAAGAAAAAUUUAGACACAGCAAGACUAUUCCUGAGUCAUCUAGGACUCUUAAAUAUGGACCAUCUACAGGGUUUGCCUGGUCAACCGUCACUGAGCCUGCUUGAUUCAUCCUCUCUUAGUUUUAGGAGCUCCCUGGGGUCUUUGGACAGGAUGCCCACGAGAUACUGCGACACUGUAUUUGUCAUGUAUUGCAGUAAAGGGCAAGCUAAACCGGAAGAGAUAUUGCGGACUCAGCUCCCUCUUCAAAACAAAUCUGGUGAGUAUAUACAGUUCCUUCAUGGUUUGGGUUGGAUUGUUGACCCGUUCAGGCACCCAGGAUUCACUGGGAAGCUAAGACCAGAAACCUCCGAAGACGGUGGAAGUUCUCACGGGAUCCUAAACGCUCAGAUCCCUCUCCGACCCUUCCCAUACUACGCCGACGCUAUCACAGAGAUUGCUUUUGUUACGCCCACUCACUACACAUCAGCCAAUGAGUCCGUGUCUAGCGUACGGAGUGUCGAAUCCUCUGAUUCUGGUCCAGACUCGAGUUCUGUCUCCGGUGACCCUCUCUCCCUCCCUCCCUCUUCCUUACUGGCCCCUCAGCCCCUCCCUUCCUGGUCCGCCCCCUCCGGUAGCGGAGUCAGUAAAUCCCAAGUCACUGCCGGAGAGGGAGGAGGAGUCGGAUUGUCCAGACCGAUGCGUGCCUCUACUAGUCAGUCGUCUGCUGGUACGACCCUCACGGCCGAGUCUGCAGACACGCCCAGGAGGCGUGUACAGCCUCCGAGAGACUGUGCUGUUCUGGUCGUGUGGUUGGAGGUUUUUGAGGACCACCUGAGCUUCCCUCUUGUCCCAAUGAGUAAGUUAUUGUAUCGUGUCGGUGGACCUGGUGGUAAGAGCGAGCCUUCACUACCAGUGCUGUUUAUACAUAAAAUGAGAUCUGGACUUUAUCAAAUAUCAGCCAAAACUGGAAGUUCUCCAGGUGGACCAUUGAUAGAUGGUAUGGUUGUCAGUAGUAGAUGUCUUAGUACUUUAGUUCGUCAAACUGUCAUUAACAUUUGUGCUCGUCAUCGAAUGGAAAAUGAAGGUUAUUCUCCACCCCAUAUUAAGAGGAAAAGAAAAAUAGAAGAAAUGUCAGCACAUUUCGGUCAGCGACUAACCCCGGCUGGUCUUUACUCGGAAUUAAUAACAACAACAACAGUUAACGUUGAAUCAUCAUCUCAAUAAUAAUAAAUAAUAGUAAAUAAUUAUAAUAGCAGUAGUAGUAGUAGUAAAUAAUAAUAAUUAUUAUUAUAAAUAAUAUUAAAGUUGUUGGUAAUUUACUACAAACCA